GGGGGUGGGGGCCCCCAAGCGCACGGCAUCCAGCUGGAGAAAGCCCCUCUUCCUGUCACAGCUCCCACAGCACUCCAAGCCUGCUUGCAGCCCAACGGCCUCGCUGAGAAUGCUACAUUUAAAAGUACAGUUUUUGGAUGAUUCCCAGAAGAUUUUUGUGGUUGAUCAAAAGUCAUCCGGGAAGGCGCUGUUUAACCUGAGUUGCAGCCACCUAAAUCUCGCUGAAAAGGAGUAUUUCGGAUUAGAAUUCUGUAGCCAUUCUGGAAAUAAUGUCUGGUUGGAACUGCUGAAGCCAAUUACAAAGCAAGUGAAAAAUCCUAAGGAGGUUGUUUUCAAAUUUAUGGUGAAAUUUUUCCCAGUGGACCCCGGACAUCUUCGAGAAGAGCUUACAAGGUAUCUUUUUACGCUUCAAAUAAAGAAGGAUUUGGCUCUAGGAAGGCUUCCGUGCAGUGAGAACUGUACUGCGUUGAUGGUAUCUCACAUUCUACAGUCAGAACUGGGAGACUUUCAUGAAGAAACAGACAAGAAACACCUGGCUCAAACCCGCUACUUACCGAACCAGGACUGUUUAGAGAGCAAGAUUGUGCACUUUCAUCAGAAGCACGUUGGCAGGAGCCCUGCGGAAUCUGACAUCCUGCUACUGGAUGUAGCGAGGAAGCUGGAUAUGUACGGCAUCAGGCCUCACCCUGCCAGCGACGGCGAAGGCACGCAGAUCCACCUGGCUGUCGCUCACAUGGGAGUACUGGUGUUACGGGGCAAUACAAAGAUCAAUACUUUCAACUGGGCUAAAAUUCGCAAGUUGAGUUUUAAAAGAAAGCAUUUUCUCAUCAAACUUCAUGCCAACAUCUUGGUGUUGUGCAAGGACACCUUGGAGUUCACCAUGGCCAGCCGAGAUGCCUGCAAGGCUUUCUGGAAGACCUGUGUGGAGUACCAUGCUUUCUUCAGACUUUCUGAAGAGCCCAAAUCCAAGCCCAAAACCCUACUGUGCAGCAAGGGUUCCAGUUUCCGCUAUAGUGGAAGGACCCAACGGCAGCUUUUGGAAUAUGGAAAGAAAGGGAGGUUGACGAGCUUGCCAUUUGAGAGGAAACAUUACCCAUCUCAGUACCAUGAGCGACAGUGCCGGUCCUCACCAGACCUCCUCUCUGAUGUGUCAAAACAAGUGGAAGAUCUGAGACUAGUGUACGGCGGUGGGUAUUACAGAAAUGUGAAUGGAGGGCACGCGUCGGAGCCUGUGCUCGACGGUAGGAGGAGGAACUCCGCAGUGGAGGUGACGUUUGCAGCAGAGCUGGAGCGUUCCAAACCAGAGGCGGAUCCCACACUGUUACACCAGUCCCAAAGCAGUUCCUCUUUCCCUUUUAUUUAUACAGACCCUGUCUUUAGUACUGACCCGGAUCCCAGAGACUACUUUGAGGAAAGGAGUCCUCUGAGCUCCUUCCAACCAAGCUGUAAGUUUGCUGACAAGCACAUGAGCACAUCUUCUGGCCUUGCAAGCAAAGUGAGUCCAGCAAGGCAGCUAACUUACACAGAUGUGCCCUAUAUUCCUUGUACUGGUCAGAAGGUUGAUAUUAUGCCUCCCCAAGUCUUUUUUUAUGUGGACAGACCACCCCAGGUGCCCAAACAGUCUCCAGUCAUGGCAGAGGAAAGAGAAAGACCAGACAGCUGUCUAGAGCCCACUGCAAUGAAGCCAGCCAAAAGAAGCCCAAGGAAUGUCAGAAUGAAGAGCUUUCAGCAAGACUUUCAAGAACUCCAAGAAGCUAUGGCGAGGACUAGUGGGAGGAGCAACAUCAACGUAGAUCUGGAAGCCGAAGACCCAAAUUUAGAAGAUGCGUUUGCAUACAGCAUUCAAGACCAAAACCCCAAGCGAUCCCAGAGCCAGUCAGACAUGAAAACGAUCCGUUUUCCUUUUGGGUCCGAAUUUAGACCUUUAGGGCCUUGUCCUACUCUGAGUCGAAAAGCUGACCUUUUUACAUAUAUGUUUGCAGAGCAGGAGUUUCCAACAGUUUUAAUGGAUCAGGGAGCAGCAGAAAGGUACGUAGCUAGUGAAUCCAGUGAUUCAGAAUCAGAAAUUCUUAAGCCAGACUACUACUCUUUGUAUGGCAAAGGAAUCAGGUCGCCCAUGGCCAGAAUCCGCUUGUCUUCUGGUAGUCUACAGCUUGAUGAAGAGAAUGAAGGUGUUUCUUUCAAUAUGCCAACUGCUGAAGACAGGACUUUGUUAAAACCAUGUAAUUACUUUUUAGCUUGAAAGUGUGAACUCAGUGAACGUUUCUGGGCCAGUUCCACGUUGCCAACUUAGGUAAAAAAUAAGGAACCUUCUGCACAAACCAUUUUCUUAGUUACCCUUCAUUGGUAAUGAGGGGAUUGGCUAUGUUUGGGCACCUAGCUC